AAGAGAGAGAAAGAGCGGGUGUUGAAUUUUUCUCCUUUAAUUCUCCCUCUGCCGCGCACCACGUCGCACGAUUCGCGACACACGACUACACGAGUCGACGUGAUUGGCCACCCUCACCGGAGGAUAGUCGUCUAUGGUCUAUCAUCGACGAAGCUGACACAUUCAGUUCGCAGAAGUCAUCGGACGUACGAGGAUAUAAGGAGAACUGUCCUGGUCCCAUUCGAAGAUCAGCCGUCUUCCAACGUGGACCAGAAGUGAUCAGAAGCAGAGGUCGAGAGAUAGUCGAGAGCUUGAUUAUCGUCCAAUUGUAUCCAGAUAAAUCAACAACGAAACGUUAAUAUGUGCGUACGUACGUUGAUUGGUAACGAGACGAACGAGCCGAUUGCGCCGGUCACCGAUUCGAAGCAAUGCAGCAAGUCCCGUGUCAAGGAGAAGUACGUCAAGCUCUACGAGGAGAUGAUAGAGAAGGAGAAGCUCCAGCGUCAACGAGAGCAAGCGGAGAACGCGCUCUUCCUACCCGACCUGGCCGAUGAUGUCCUGGUCACCAGCACUAAUCACUACAGUCAGAUACUGAAGAAGCUGUCUACGUAUUACGAGGUCACGCGCCGCUCCAAAGUGUUUAAAAUCCUCUUUUACACAACACAGCCUGCACAUGUAAUCAUGAUUGCCGCAGUCUUAUUCGUUACAUCGGUUCUUUUCCCAAUCAAAGAACGAGUACAGAGCUCUAAUAAUUCUUACUCAAGAAUGAUGUCCUUUAUUUAUCUCACAUCCUUCGUUAUACACUUUGGUGCUCAAAUUUGGAUGACUUUUGUAUCCGGCUUGUCUUUAUACUUUGCACUGCCACGACAUGCAUUCGGCGAAGUGCAGCGCGUUCUAUUUCCAAGAUACUUUACAAUUAACGCGUGUUUAAGUCUUAUCACGCUCCUCAUAUUUGUCAAGCAUCAUCCGACGCAUACAUGGGACUCUGAAAUUGCUGUUCAGGUUGGCGCAAUGUCCGGAGCCUUUUUUCUAGAAUUACUGAUACGCCUCUACCUGACACCUCCACUUCUCCAACUGAUCGUGCAGAAGAAUAACUUCGAACGCGCUGCGGGCGUCGGCAACGAGAUAGGCCGUCACAAUCCUGGACCACUCAAAAAUUGUACGCAUUACAUGAAGAUCCAUCGAGCGUUUCGCCGAGUACAUGUAUGCAUAGCUAUGGGAAACAUGCUCACUAUGGCAUGCACGGUACUUCAUCUCUAUUAUAUAGCGAGCAAAUUAUGCGCUUUGUAAGAAUAAUUCCAACUAUAAAAUUUAUAUAUGCAUUUUUUUCGUGAGCUCAAAAAAGUUCUCGAAAAGAAUAUAGAAUCUAGAAAAUAAUUUUGAGAAAAGCGUUGGUAGUAGAUACGUUAGUACGUGUCUCGUAUGAUAACGAAAGUUUAAAUGCACCGGAAUAUUCAAACCUGGUGCAAGAUGUGAUUUUUCCUGCCAUUAAAAUUAAUUGCAAAAGACUGUAUAACGAGUCUUUCAGUGCAGCUGCCUUGAAUUUUAAACCUCGGAUAUCGAGAUAUAUUGAUGUACCUUGUACUCAGCAAUCUGAACUUACUCUAUGUUAAAAUAGAGCAAGUAUUCAGAAGACUAUAAUAGGUAUUAUUUGCAUAAUGUAAGUCACGCCGAUUAUCUUCAGAACGCUAGCCAAUUCAGAAGAGAAUCAAGCUGAAGCGAAGGUAAAAGACCAGUUUUAAUACUUCUCAUAAAUAUGAUCUGCUUACAAUUCGUAGUGCUGUAUAAAUUAUUGCUGAAAGUAGUGCGAAGCGCGUGCAUGUAAUUUGCGAGAAUGUCUAGAGAUUGAGUGGACAUAAUUUAUUCAUCAGCACGAAGCGGUCGAAGCUUUUAUGUAAAUAAUAUAUAUCUCAUACGAAACUAUAUCGAUUCAUUUGUAUCUGUGUAUGACUUGAAAUAGAUAUAAAAUAUUUUUAUACAAG